AUGGCCAGUUCUUCGAGUUCUCAAGUUCCGGGCCCUCAGACCGACAUGAGCUUGUAUCGCAGAAUGUUGCAAGGGGCUGUGAACGAAGUCUCUGGCGAGUCGACGAACCUUUUUUAUCCAUGGGAAACGGAUGCUAUGAAGGAUUUUUUCGGUCAAGAGUCGCAAGCAUUAUUUCAUGUUCCUUCGAUUGCAGUCCCGAGUUUCGCAAUUCCAAGCACAACCCCACAGCCUUCGAAGACCAGUGCUCAGGCUCAUGUUGCUCUACAAGAUUUUCCCAUGUAUGUGAGCGCAAUCAGCGCCUUUCGCAAUGAAAAUUUUCUGGAGGAGAGGGCCAGGAAGCUCGAGAAAUGCUAUGACAAGUGGAUGACCCUGCUAAGUCACAAUUUUGAUGCUUUUGCUAUCGGGGCAUCCUUGUCCAAAGAGUUUCAGAGAUCUACAAGGUAUGAAGGGAGCCGAAAGAUCCUCAGCGCGACCUUCGGCCUCAAAUCCCCUGCUACCCUUGACAAGCGUGCAAAUUCCAUGCUCAGAUACUUGCAGUGGCACAAAAAGUACCGGGGCGGUUUUGGAUUCCCUAUAUCACGAGACGAAGCAUGGCAAUAUCUAUCGUACUUGGAAAGUGAAGGUGCAGGUGCAAGUGCAGGCGGCGCCUUUCUUGAAGCUGUGCGUUUUUCUCACUUCGUCCUCGGGCUCCGCGAUGUGACCUUCAUAUUCGAAUCACGGGAGGUAUGUGGGCUAGCCGAGCAGAUGCUUGCAAACAAAGAGCCGUGGGAUCCCGCAGACCUUUUAACUGUGAACGAAGUCAAGUUGCUGCGUAUUUUUGUGUGGGAUGAGUGCCAAAGCGUGAUAGACCGUGUGGGGGCAGUCCAUUUCCUACAUGCAAUAUACAGUCGUAGCAGGUGGUCUGAUUUUCGGCAUGUGCAUGAGAUCCUGCCGGACUUUGAUGAUGAGCAUGUUGGGUACUUGGAAGUCACCACUCGAUGGCAUAAAACAGCAAAAAACGCGGAUGUCAAAGGCAAGCUUUUACCUAUAGUGGCGCCGUCUAGAGGCCUUGUAGAAGAGCCCUGGACAAAAGCUUGGGUGGCCUUGCGUGAGAAGUUAAAUCUACCAACCACAGGUGUUGUCGAUGGACCGCUUCUCCCGGCGCCAGACCUCGCAGAGGUUGGAAAGUGGACGAAACGGCCGGUGGUCGCAAAGGAGGCAACAGAAUGGCUGAGACGUAUUCUAGGACUCAUGCAGCCUCUCACUCCGCCUAGCGCGUCUUCACAUUCCUUCAAAAGCUCUCCUUUAUCGUGGUGUGCUAAGUUCGGCAUACCGAGUCCUGAUCAGGAUAUCCUUGGGAGGCACGUCACCAUGGGGUCAAAGCACGUUUAUGCUAGGGAGCUCAUUGCAAAACCUCUUCGUCAGUUCGAAUUUGUCUUGGAGCAGAUCCGAACAAACAUUUUCGACCCAGACCGCACAAGGUCGGGCUACUUUGUGAGGUCGGGCAAAGAGCCUCCGAAAGAACGAAGUCAAGACAUUGAAGUGCGUGAAGACUCCGAAGAGCCAAGUGGCGAUAAAGAAAUUGCUCUCUUCACAGAACGAUGUGAAGACGUCAAAGACAAAGAAGACCCUGAAGACCUAGUUGAAGCUCCUCUUGCGGAGCAAGGCGCUUCUCGCGUCGAAGUGCAAGAGCAAGAUGAGUCGGGAUCCAGUGAAAGCGAAGAGUCGACCAGCAUGUCGUCGUCGAGCGAAGAUGUUCCCCGAAAUAAGGUGCGAAAGAUCGAGGCAAACACCAAGGAGCAGCACCACUACGCCCACGUAAAGUCUGGGGUCGUCCACGCCAUCAACACCGGUGACAACAUGUAUGACAUGAACAAGUUCAUAUGUGGCAAAGAGAAUUCUGAGAAGUACGUGAAAGUAGAUAACCGUAGGACGGCAAUGCGGAUUACAUGUCAAAGAUGCUUCAAAGCGCAACAUGUGUCUGCAAUUGAGUGA